ACGUGAAUCAUUCAGGAUUGCGCUUGCUAAGCGCCAAUACUUUACACCCGUGCAGUGGAGUUCUUAACGUUUAUCGAGUGACCGUGUAACAUACUGUAUUACAUAGCCUAUUUGAGUGCUCAAAGUGUUUUUCUUUUGCGUUAAUGUGUGAAAAUGAGGUGGACUCUUCAUUUGCACGAAAUCUUUUCAAACGCUAAGACAAAAACCUUAGUGAGUGUUAGACUACAGGAUCACGAGGUUGCCAUUGCAGGUGAGGUUCAAGAUCCCUCGGCCGAGAGGGAACAGCAGGCACCCACUUCCGCCCCUACUUCCUUUGGUACGAAACUCCUUAGUACAUUGUCAGUAACGAACUUCAGAGAUAUUUUAAUAUUUUCCCCAAUGCCUGUAGAAUUCCAGUUGUAAUUGUUGAGAAUAGAAGAAAUAUAUUACUUACAUAGAACAUAACAAAUUGUGUCAAAUCGCUUGGUAUAAAGAAAAUGAAAUGUUUGAAAAGUAAGCAUAGUGCAAGGAUCGGGACGCAGUGACCGUUGCGGCAGGUGUGGAUCCUUGUCCGAGACGUUACACUUGGCAGACGUUGUUCGACCGUCAACAAAACAAUACUUUGAAAUAUCCUCUGGCAGCAGGAUGUGACUCACAAGGAACUCUGUCAUUUCGCUCAUCGUACUACUGAUACCAAGUUGCAAGACGGCAAGAUGAGGACACCACCAGUACUCUUAGCUCUCCAAGAGAGUGUGAAUGAAGCAGAAGCUGACCAAGAUACUGAAAUGGCAGCAGGAACAACAAAUGGCAGCCAGCAACCACACAAUCCAGAGCCUGAAGGACUUCCUCCCAUCAUCUUUGGCAAGCAAGUAGAUCAAGCAGUGUCAGUCAAUGGAAGUUUGGACAAUAGUACAGAAACAAGAAUUAUGGAUUCCAACACUGAAGCCUUUGUACCAGUGACAGAAGAUAGUACAGGUACAGAUUUUGACAGUGAGAUAGUUUCCACAUUACCUACUGCUUUAACAGAAACCAUAAGACAAACUGCAUAUAAGGAAGUUCAUUCUCUAUCCAGUUUAGAUAGUAAUGAGAUAACGGGGGAAAGUUCUGGGAAUUUCAGUGAAGUAGAAAUUCAGGAAUUUCAAACUACAGAAUAUACAGAGCUUGAAACUAGUACACCAAUCAGCAUAGAUUUCACAAAGGCUGCCUUGUCAGACAUUAAUGAAAUAGUAACUGAUGAUUUCAGUGAUGAUUCAGAAAGACUAACUACUGUAACUGCUGUUGAAUUUGAAACAGUAACUGAUAGAACUUAUCUUAUCCUUGAGGAUACAGAGGUUUAUGAAAGUAAUACUGUAACUGAUUCAAGUGAUGGUGAUCAUACUAGUAAUACCAAUACUGAUAUAUUUACUGUCACUGAGACCCCAGUACCAUCUACCACCAUAUUAUUAGACAUUCCAAAGACGGACAUUCCCAGUAAUGAGUGGAUGGUGGAUGGUGCAGUAAGUAAGGAUAUACUUCUUGAAGCUUCCCCAACUACAAGCAUGGGCGAGGUAACUGAUGUUCCCCUAAUUAACCCUUCAAAAUUUGACUUCAAAAUUGUAACAACAAGAAAAGGGCUGCAGGUAGAUGCCCAUGAUACUACAUUUGACCCUAGUCAGAUUGCCAAAGCAACAAGCUAUGAAGGCUCUUCAUACUCGACAGCAACUAGAAGUGCAACAGUAACCACUUGGGUGGAUCCUAAUGGCAGGAAUGUUCUCACUCAGAGGCAGUCUAAUUCAACAAAUAGCAAGUCUUCAGAUGAAGGAACACAUUUGAAAUAUCCUGAAAAGGCAGAUGAAGAUUCUAUACUACCUAGUCACACACUCUCAGAGGUAUUAGGAGACAACUUGCCACUAAAAGAUUCAGAAGGCACCCUUAUGAUGCAGGAUCAACCUAAAGUUACAACUAGGCAUGGAGAUGAUAGCAAAAUAACUACAGACAAGGACAUUUAUGCUCCAAGACAUAAGACACACAUCAAUUUGAAGAAUGAAAAUAUAAGUAACUUCAAAGAUAUAUCCAAUCAGAAUUACACAAGUGUGCCAAAAAGUGAAGUUAAAGGAACAGAGACUCAAAUUAAUAAAUCUGAUAGCAUACUUAGAGAAGCUGAUGGAUAUCAUAAUCUUACUUUCAGACUGGAGAGCUUUCCAUUACAAGAGAAGUCAAAUUAUUCAAAUGAUAAUAUUAAGAAUACAACAGAUUUAUUGUAUGAAUUACCAGGACCAAGUGUACAGAAUAAUACUGAAGUUUACUUUAGUACUUCAGUAGUUAUUGCUCUUUCAGUAAGUUGCAGUGUUGUUUUGCUUGCAGGUCUCGUGACAUUUACAUUAUGGUUAUGUCGUAGACAUAGGAGUAGAAGUAAAAUAUAUCUAAGUCAUGAAGCUGUAAAACCAAGAGCAUUCUUCACAAAGCCAAUGAAUCCUGCACUGCUCCCAGAUGAAAGUAUUAGAGACCCGCAGUAUGUUUUGGAGUUCCAAAGACCUAGGGCACCUGUAAUGUUGGGUAACGACCAAAAAAACAUUAUUUUCAAGUCAGAAAAAUCAGAGGAUCUUGACUUAGGUUUAGAAAAUGAUGGAUUCACUGAUAUACCUCUUGAAGAUCUCAAGACCGAAGGCUAUAAAAAAAAGAAGAGACACUCGCAAGAUCCACCAAGAUACAGUUCCAAAGCGAAAAUUGAAAGUGACACAGACUCAGGAAUAAGAGUUUGGUCUUCAACAGGAUCCUUGUAUACUGCCUCACCACAACUAACACAUUGUUCAGUACCACCACCACCUUACUCUCCAUCUAUUGGGGAGGAGCCUGUGUGUUUGUCUGUUCAUUCACUUCCUUCUCUUUCUAAAAAGUUAGGGUUAAUUGAUUUGUAAUUGUGUAUUCAUAAAAGAAGUCAUGUAUGAUGUGAUAUAGUGUAAAAAGUAUAUACAAUAUAUAUAUCUAUGUUCCAUUGACUUGCCAUCUUGGAAUAUUCCAAGACACUAGGACCAUAUAAAACUUGGAUGCAACGAUUCAAAUGUUAUAUAAAAAAUGAUAUCUAAAUCUCAAAAUUGUGAUAUGCAAAAUUAAAGAUAUUCUGGAAGGAUCAAAUCCCUGUAAUGGGUUUAUUCUGCAAAUAUUUUUAGUUUGGUCUAGGUACAGUUAGCCACUAGAUUUUUCUAUUUGGUGGCAAAUGCUCGGUUAUAAAAGGUAAAGACUGUUAUUAACAUUGUAUGUUAUAACUUUAUUUAAAACAGAUGUUCCUAAUUUAUAUACAUGGGUGGGCUUAAAAACAGCCAAUUGAAUGGCUUUAGGUUAUCUUUAAAAAAUUGUAUUCUUUUCACUUUUCAUUCACCACUAAAAGUUAGCCUUCUGUGACAAUAACUAUUUGACAGUUACAUCUUAUUAUUUUUCUAGUGUUUCCUUUUUUAAGUGUAGAUAUAUUCAUUUUAGUUCAGUCUGUAAGAUUCUUUUGAAUAGCAGUAUGAGUCUACCCAGUCUUUAUAAAAGAUAUGUAGAGUAAAUAUACUUUUGAAAAAAAAAAAUUAUGAUGUCAUUAAAGUUUCAUCGGUAUCAAGAUUUUAUAUAUAUAAACAAAAACAUAGCCACAGGGAGAUUGUAUGGAGGAGAUAAAGUGCAACAAGCCUUCACAAAUUUGAGCACAAAGGUUGUAGAGUCGUUGCUUAAUUACAAUGUAUUCUUAGUCAAGUUUACAGGUUUAUUUACAGUUACCUUUGACUUAGGCUGUUGAAUGCACAGCUCAUUUUCUUAUUUCUGUAUAAUGGUACAUAACUACUCUAACAUUAAACAAAUGUCCAUGUUAGUAUAUCUGAAACCUAUUGAAAGGUUUUCAAACUCCCCUGGUUGUACCAUCAAUGGAGUUUAUAUGAUAGUGGCAAAAGCUUGGAAAACACUCUCCUUAUAUUUCAUCUUUGUAUAUUGAUUUUAUUCUAAAGAGCUACCAUAUAUAGUAUGAAAAUGCAGUUCAUUUUUUCAAUACAUAAUUUCAUGUAUAUUUAUUUAUUAUUUACUUUUUAAUUUUUCCAAGGUACAUGAAAUCGAAGCUUGGUAAUUUUGUUAUAUCAUUUUUUGUCUCUGAAAUUUCCCCUAAUCUAUGUGUACUAUCAGUUCUACCGCUCAUGAUAAACCACUGCAGUGUGGAUAGUAUGAUAAAAGUAAGCAAGAGAAGUACUUAAAAUCAGAUGGUGUAAAUUUGUGGUUUUCUAUGUACAGAUGGUAGUAUUGAUGAUGUGCUAACCAUAGCAAAUUGUUGAUGCUGUGAAUUGUUACUUUUAGGUUUCAUUGUCAUCUGCAAACCAAAGACUAAGUAAGCUCCCUUUUGUCUUUACAUUACUUCCCUUCCCCUCCAUGUAAUCUGUUGGGUUAGUCCUUUCAGAGUAUCAAAGAAAUACCUCAACAUGUACAUUUUGUAAAUAUACCACUAAUGAAACAAUCAAGUUCCAGUUUAGCUCUUAGAUAGGUACAAUUUCCAUCCAUUGUUACCAAAGUCAUGUUACAUUUCCUCUCAAUAUCUUUGUCAUUUUUACUGUUAACACUGUACAAAAGAAGAAAGGAAGCUAUUAUACUGCAUUCUUAUGUGUAGAGUGCAUUGAUUCUUGGGUAUACUUUUGAUGUAAAGUGUCCUAUUGUGUUUGUGAUAUAUCUAAAAUGUAUGCCGUAUCAACAGCCAAGGUACUUUGUAUUGUGAUAUAUCAAUAACAUUUAUAAACAUACAAAAAGUUAAAUUUUUUACCGUAUGAGUGUAAACUAAAUUCAUGUUUGGUUAACAGUUUGUAUUGUCAUUUGCCAGUCUAAAGAAUUUACAGUAGGCAUAAGCUUGACGUACCUGGUAUUAUUAAUGCAGCAUUUGAGAACAUUUUUAGGUUUCUGAAAUCUUCAGAUGUAGCUGGAGUCUAAUAAUUACAUAGAAAGCAAGUAAAUGGA